AUGGGGUUCGUACAACGCCUCGCAAAGCGAGCCCCAUAUUUAACAGCGGCCCCUGCUUUUGACAAUGUCUCGAACGAAAAGGGCGUCAUAAUACCCAGAUUCGCCUUCUUCAAGCGGCGGAUACGACUCCGAAGGAACUCUGCUAUUUCAAUACCACUGGGCUUCGUUCUAUUAUUUCCUUGUAUUGUAAUAGUUCUUGUAUUCCUUCUCAUCAUCACUCAUCCUUCUUCUUCAGGUCGAAUUUUGUUGCCGGCUGGAACCCCUCCGUCAAUCAGAAAAAUCAGCGAAAAACAUGAUAAAGUUUUUGCUACUGGUUGUCUUGAAAUGGACACCAGUACUCCAAGAGCAAAUGCCGCAUUUGUAGUCUUGGCAAGAAAUAAGGAAUUAGAUGGCGUGAUUCAAUCCAUGAAAUCUAUUGAACGACAUUUCAACAGAUUCUACAACUAUCCUUAUGUGUUCCUAAAUGACGGAGACUUCGACCAGAAUUUCAAAGAUACGAUUGCCAACUAUACAAGUUCUUCUGUGGAAUUUGGUAAAAUUGACUCUUCCAUGUGGGGAUACCCUGACUGGAUCGACCAUGAAGUAGCCAAGGAAGGAAUUAGAAAGCAAGGAGAUGCCGCCAUUAUGUAUGGUGGCAUGGAGAGUUACCACCACAUGUGUCGGUUUUAUUCUGGAUUCUUCUACAAGCACGAGCUCCUCAUGAAAUAUGAAUGGUACUGGCGCCUGGAGCCAGAUAUCAAAUAUUUCUGUGACAUCACCUAUGAUCCAUUCCUCAAAAUGAUCGAGCAUAAUAAAACAUACGGGUUUACUAUUGCUGUUAAAGAGCUCAGGGAAACAGUCCCAAACCUCUUCCGUUACGCUUCUGCCUACAAGAGAACAAACAAUAUUACAUCCCAGGGUUUGUGGGAAAUGUUCCUGGAAGAUCCCCCGGAGCCGAAGGAACCAGCCAAGGAAACUCCAGAGUAUGAGCCAUUGCCAGAUGAAAUCCUGCAGACGCAACCAGGCAACGGAGCCAUUGAAGACAUCGACCCUGAAGCUAUGGAAGGAGAAAAGUAUAACAUGUGCCAUUUCUGGAGUAAUUUUGAAAUCGCUCGACUUGAUUGGUUCCGUAGCAAGGAGUACGAUGACUUCUUCAACAUGAUGGACAGAAGUGGUGGAUUUUGGAUGGAACGAUGGGGUGAUGCACCGAUCCAUUCACUUGCGGCUGGUGUCCUCCUCGCACCCAAAGACAUUCAUUACUUCCGAGAUUUUGGAUAUCGACACACAACCAUCCAGCAUUGCCCGGCCAACGCCCCUGCCCGUCAGCAGGACAGGAUUCCGUAUCUCGAAAUGACCACUUUGGAUGAGAAAAAACGACAAGAAGAGGACGAGUACUGGGAUGUACCAGACACACCGAAAGAAAAUGGAGUGGGUUGCCGGUGUCGAUGCGACACGGAUAUUGUAGACGUGGAAGGCAAACCAGGAAGUUGUCUAGCAGAAUGGGUCGAAGUUGCUGGAGGCUGGGCAUCUCCAUAAACCGAUCUCUUGAUUGCUUUGGUCGCCCGUUCUCUCAUCCUCGUUGCCAGCCCAGGCCAAGUGUUCGUUUUCUCUAAAAUGCCGAGCUACCCUUUUUGGUCAUCUAGGAGUUUAUAUUCUUAACCCUGCACGAACCUUUUAUGGUUUUUUCUUCUUUUUUCCUUCAAUCCGCUUAUUGGGAAUUAAGGCGUUUUUUGCAUGUGAUACUUAAUAUACGGGUUUCUUUUUGCCUUGCUUAUUAUUUUGUUUUUGUCUUAUGUCAUUUUCCCCGUUCUCCCUCCACGAGCAGCCCCAGCGUCAUCGCAUUCUUCCGCAAAAACUAUUCCAGAUCUCUAUAUUAUAUCUGCCGGGCAUUCCAAACUUGUCAUCUGGUCCGUUUUCCACAUAGGAUGUUUCCUUUCGGAGACGGGAGCAUCCUCCUAACGGCUCCCGGGUAUACGAUGUGUCGUCCACCCAUUACGAUACGGCAUAAAGAUGAAAUAGAAAGAAAGCUAACC